CGCGGCGGCCGCGGCGGAUCCGCGCUCGGCGAACAUGGCGGCGGCGGUCGGGCGGGACACUUUACCUGAGCACUGGUCCUACGGCGUGUGCCGGGACGGCCGCGUCUUCUUCAUCAAUGACGAGCUCCGCCGCACGACCUGGCUGCACCCGCGCACCGGGGAGCCCGUCAACUCGGGCCACAUGAUCCGCUCAGACUUGCCCCGCGGCUGGGAGGAGGGCUUCACCGAGGAGGGCGCCAGCUACUUCAUCGACCAUAACCAACAGACCACAGCAUUCAGGCAUCCUGUGAGUGGGCAGUUUUCUCCAGAAAAUAACGAAUUUAUUCUUCAAGAAGAGCCACAUCCUCAUAUGUCAAAGCAAGAGAGAAACCAAAGACCAUCCAGCAUGGUCAGUGAAACGUCCACAGCUGGAACCACGUCGACCGUGGAGGCCAAGCCUGGCCCCAAGAUCAUGAAGUCCAGCAAUAAAGUCCACAGCUUUGGGAAGAGGGACCAGGCCAUUCGGAGGAACCCCAAUGUUCCAGUGGUGGUGAGGGGGUGGCUGCACAAGCAGGACAGUUCUGGGAUGAGGCUCUGGAAAAGGAGGUGGUUUGUGCUUGCUGAUUAUUGCUUGUUUUACUAUAAAGACAGCCGAGAAGAAGCUGUCCUUGGGAGCAUCCCUCUGCCCAGCUAUGUGAUCUCACCUGUGGCCCCUGAGGACCGCAUAAGCCGCAAGUAUUCCUUUAAGGCUGUGCACACAGGGAUGCGAGCACUCAUCUACAAUAGCUCCACUGGGGGUUCUCAGGGCGAGCAGUCAGGCAUGAGGACCUACUACUUCAGUGCCGACACCCAGGAGGACAUGAACGCUUGGGUCCGGGCCAUGAACCAGGCCGCACAGGUGCUGUCUCGAUCGUCACUAAAGAGGGACAUGGAGAAGGUGGAGCGGCAGGCAGUCCCCCAGGCCAAUCAUGCAGAGUCCUGUCAAGAGUGUGGCCGUGUGGGACCUGGACAUGCAAGGGAUUGUCCUCAUCGCAGCCAUGAGGAUUCCUUUGGCUUCGAGAGGCGGGAGCAAGAGGAAGAACGUUACAAGUCCCAGAGGGACCCACUGGAGGGCAAGCGGGACAGGAGCAAGGCCAGGUCCCCGUAUUCACCAGCUGAAGAGGAUGCCUUGUUCGUGGAUUUACCUGGUGGCCUGAGAAGCCAGCAAGCACAGCCCCAACGAGCAGAGAAGAAUGGGGUGCUUCCCACCACAUAUGGCCCAGGAGAGCAGAAUGGGACUGGCGGGUAUCAGCGGGCCUUUCCUCCCAGGAACAACCCUGAAAAGCACAGUCAGAGGAAGAGCAGCCUGGCCCAGGUGGAGCAUUGGGCGAAAGCCCAGAAGGGGGACAGCAGGAGCCUGCCCCCAGACCAGACCCUUCCUCGCCAGGGUCCUAGCCAGUCCCUGUCCUUCCCGGAAAACUACCAGACCCUUCCUAAGAGCACCCGACAUCCCUCAGGGGGCUCCUCACCCCCUCCCCGCAACCUGCCGAGUGACUACAAGUACGCGCAGGAUCGAGCCAGCCACCUGAAGAUGUCAAGCGAGGAGCGCAGGGCACACCGGGACGGCACCGUGUGGCAGCUCUAUGAGUGGCAGCAGCGCCAGCAGUUCCGGCACGGCAGCCCUACGGCCCCUAUCUGCUCUGGCUCGCCAGAGUUCACCGACCAGGGCCGGAGCAGGAGCAUGCUGGAGGUGCCCCGCUCCAUCUCUGUGCCUCCGUCCCCUUCGGACAUCCCUCCUCCGGGCCCCCCGAGGGUCUUCCCGCCCCGGCGUCCACACACGCCAGCAGAGAGGGUCACCGUGAAGCCGCCAGACCAGCGGAGGAGUGUGGACAUCUCCCUGGGGGGUUCUCCCAGGAAGGCACGGGGCCACACCACCAAGAACUCUUCUCAUGUGGACCGACGCUCCAUGCCCUCCAUGGGCUACAUGACCCAUACUGUCAGCGCUCCCAGUUUACAUGGAAAAUCGGCUGAUGAUACCUACCUCCAGCUGAAGAAAGACCUGGAGUACCUGGACCUAAAGAUAAAAAAUAAUGAACCUUUGAUCAACGUGCUUUACAAAGUGCUGAAGAAGUCAGCACGGGGCUGUCGGCCCAGGAGAAGCAUGACGGGCCGGGAUCUUGUCAAGGAUCGAAGUCUGAAGCCGGUGAAGAUUGCAGAGAGUGACAUCGACGUCAAACUGAGCAUCUUCUGUGAACAAGACAGAAUCCUCCAGGACUUGGAAGACAAGAUCCGAGCCCUCAAGGAGAACAAAGACCAGCUAGAGUCCGUGCUGGAGGUAUUGCACAGACAGAUGGACCAGUACCGAGACCAGCCCCAGCACUUGGAGAAGAUUGCUUACCAGCAGAAGUUGCUGCAGGAAGACCUUGUCCACAUCCGGGCGGAGAUCUCCAGAGAAUCCACUGAGAUGGAAAAUGCCUGGAAUGAAUACCUGAAGUUAGAGAGUGACGUGGAACAGCUGAAGCAGACCCUGCAAGAACAACACAGAAGAGCCUUUUUUUUCCAGGAGAAAUCACAGAUACAGAAGGAUCUCUGGAGGAUUGAAGACGUCAUUGCAGGCCUGAGUGCAAAUAAAGAGAACUUUAGAAUCCUGGUGGAAUCAGUCAAAAAUCCAGAGAGAAAAACGGUGCCUUUGUUUCCUCACCCACCUGUGCCUUCACUCUCGACUUCUGAGAGCAAGCCGCCCCCACAGCCCAGCCCUCCCACCAGCCCCGUGCGGACCCCUCUCGAGGUUCGACUCUUCCCCCAGCUGCAAACCUAUGUGCCGUACCGACCUCAUCCACCCCAGCUGAGGAAAGUGACAUCCCCUCUUCAGUCACCAACCAAGACAAAGCCCAAAGUUGAAGAUGAGGCACCUCCCAGGCCCCCACUCCCUGAGCUCUACAGUCCAGAGGACCAGCCCCCGGCUGUGCCACCUUUGCCCAAGGAGGCCACCAUCAUCCGGCACACUUCAGUGAGGGGCCUUAAGCGGCAGUCGGACGAGAGGAAGCGAGACCGGGAGCAGGGGCAGUGUGUGAAUGGGGACUCCAGGGUAGAACUUCGGUCCUACGUGAGUGAGCCCGAGCUGGCGACUUUCAGUGGGGAAAUGGCCCAGCCCUCUCUGGGACUUGUGGGCCCUGACAGCAGGUACCAGACACUGCCAGGCAGAGGGCUCUCAGGGUCCACGUCGAGGCUCCAGCAGUCAUCCACCAUUGCUCCCUACGUCACACUCCGGAGGGGUCUCAAUGCCGAAAGCAGCAAGGUGACCUUCCCUAGACCCAAGAGUGCCUUGGAGCGUCUGUACUCAGGGGACCAUCAGCGGGGCAAGAUGAGCGCAGAGGAGCAGCUGGAGCGCAUGAAGCGGCACCAGAAGGCCCUGGUCCGGGAGCGCAAGAGGACGCUGAGCCAAGGAGAGAGGGCGGGCCUGCCCUCGUCCCGCUACCUCAGCCAGCCUCUCCCCGGAGAUCUCGGCUCAUGGAAGCGUGAGCAGGACUUUGACCUGCAGUUGCUGGAACGGGCCAUGCAAGGGGAAAGAAGGGACAAGGAAGAGAAUGGCUGGUUGAAAGUACAGGCCAUGCCAGUCACUGAGUUGGACCUGGAACCUCAAGACUAUGACUUGGACAUCAGCAGAGAGCUGUCCAAACCAGAGAAGGUCUCCAUCCCCGAACGUUAUGUGGAGCUGGACCCCGAGGAGCCGCCCAGCCUUGAGGAGCUGCAGGCGCGGUAUCGGAAAGCCGAGAAGAUCCGCAACAUCCUUGCUCGCUCCAGCAUGUGCAACCUGCAGCCGACAUCAGGCCAGGACCGGAACAGCAUGGCCGACCUGGACUCACAGCUGCAGGAGCAGGAGCGCAUCAUCAACAUCUCCUACGCUCUGGCCUCCGAGGCCUCCCAGCGCAGCAAGCAGGUGGCAGCGCAGCAGCUGGCCCUCCUCCCGCCUAAAGGCUCCCUGUCCUCCAGGACGGUGCCACCUUACCCCCCCUUAAGCAACGGACUCCACUACACCUUUGUCUAACACCUUCCAACCCAGGCAGUGACUGACCCGUGACCCAACGUGCAAAGAAGUCUGGAGCCAGGGGCCCAGUGGAACCAGUUUCCUCCAAGAAGAUUGAUCUUCCUUCCCCCAAGGAAACCCCCUCCCAGCCCAAAAGGGUUUCUGGCUGGAGGAAGGAGAAGCCCACCACAACUGCGAGGCAUUCACUAUAGGGCUAGGUCCUAACCCCCUCCCCUCACCACCAACUUUAGUUCAGACUCCUUUUUACAUAUGACAAAGGCACUUUUGAUACACACUGUAAAAUACUGAUGCUGUAUUUUAGAAUCAGAAUAUAUUUUAUAAUGUUCACCUCAAGGGCUGAGUGACUGGAAAGGUGAGGAUGCAAAAUUUUGGAGCUGCACAUACAGAUUCAGGUACCACUUGGGUGGUAGGUAUGGGUAGGGGAGAAGGGCAGGCAGAGGCCAGUCCAACAUCCAGUGAACUCAGGUGAAGGUUGCAUUUGAAAUGUGCUUCCAGGGGAGCCCAGUGUUAGGCUUGUUGGCAUGCUAUCUGGGGGAAGAGGGGCCCUUAGCUGCAGAGGUCAGCCGUCCCUGACCUGACCUGAUGACCAGCUCUGGAGGGAGAAACUCCACCAGGGUGGCAUGUGGAGCCCAAGUCUGUGCCUUGGCCCUUGGGUUUGGUUUAGGGGCAAUAGUGUAUUCAAGAGGUCUGGUUCCCGACCUGUCCAUGGGGUUCUCUCAGCAAAGGGCUCUUCUUGGGAAAAACAGAACAGUUUGCUUUAAUUAAAAAAAAUUAUAUAUAUAUACACACACACUUUGAAAUACAGAAAAGGUGAGAGGAAGCACCUUUUAUUGUAUCAUAAGCAAUAAACUUCACACUGGGUGGCGUUUACCUAAAACUCCCUGACUCCACACUGGGCUGUGAUAGGGCUUUGCUGCCUGCCCUGGAGAACCUAGGUCAGCUUCUCUAGGACAUGGGUCUGGUGGCCAGAGGGCAGGCAGUGUGUCCCCACCAUCUCUGAAGGCCAGCAGCAGGAUUUUGACUUGACUUCCAGCCUCAGGUGAGGCUGUGCCAAGCCAGGCACAGUGUUUGUGGCCCUUUAUUUAAAUCAUGAGCUCAUGAUAUUCUGCAUACAGAAAAUGGGGUUUAAAGGAAAAAAAAAAAAAAACCCCUCCAUUGGAUGGGGCCACUCUUUAAAUGAAAGUUUGUCUUUGACUAUGGUCGGGGGGAAAAAAAUCUUAACUAUAUUUAGAAAUUGCCGUCUAUUUUUAACUAACUCCAUAUGCUGCCAGUAUCAACUUCAUGACAUUUGCCAAAAUAAGAUUUUAUUUUUGCCUUUA